AAAUAAAUUUAGGCAGCCUUUUCUUUCCACGCCAUCCUACGUCUUCCUGCUGACGUGCAAGUGCCCACCAUUGUAUGUAUCCUCGGCCCAAUCCUUCUUCCUUCCCCACAAAAUCAAAAGAUCAAACAAUUUUAAACCCAAACAUAUAAAUCAAUAGAGAAAAAAAAAAGAUCAAAAUUGACCGCUUUCUUGAUCUUUUCUGUUGUUCAGGUUAGAUGUUGUACAAACAACCCAUUUUUAUUCAUAUUUUUUGAAUUUUGAUUAUAGAUUCUUAAUUGCGGUUCUAUUUUCUUUUUUAAGAUCUAAUUAUUGAGUUGCACAUUGAUGCCAAAGAAUAUACCUAGUAUUAAUUUUGUUAUUCAUCUUCUCUUUUCAAUUUGUAGGACCAUUUCUCUUGGAUUCCAAAUCUGAAUUUCUUUUAACUCAUAUUCUAGGUGAUAAAUCUUGGUGGGUUUGAUUUAUUUUUCAUGAAAAUUCAAUGAAUUUUGUGGGUUUUCUAUACUGGGUUUUGAUUUUUGAUUAUAUAUUAGAUUUGAGUGUUAUUGAUUUGUGUUUAAAAGCCUCACAAUUGGGUGAGGCAUUUGAAAGUGUGAGCAUUUUUCGAUCAAAAGAUCCGGGGAAAUGUUUGCAGUGGAGAAACUCAGUAGUUACAUUACAAAAGGAGUUUAUACGGUAUCAGGUCCAUUUCAUCCAUUCGGUGGAGCUGUUGAUAUUAUUGUAGUUCAGCAACAAGAUGGGAGCUUUAAGUCAUCCCCAUGGAAUGUAAGGUUUGGGAAAUUUCAAGGAGUUUUGAAAACUAAGGAGAAAGUUGUUAAUAUAAGUGUUAAUGGUGUCGAAGCAAAUUUUCAUAUGUAUUUAGAUCAUAAGGGAGAAGCUUACUUUCUAAAAGAUGUUAAAGAAGAUGAAGACGAUUCUGUUGCAUUGUCUUUUAAGUCUUCUGACUAUGAGACGGAUGAUCCGACUCAGAAUGGGAAGUUAAAACAAUCUAGAAGUUGUGAUUUGGAUUCUGAUUUACGAGGUUCAGUUACUCAGAUUAAUGCAGGUAGUCAGAAGAUUGUGCUGACAACUAAUUCUAGCCGAAAACCGAUUUUUGGCUUCAUGUUUGGUCGAAAAUCUGUGGAGGGUGAUAAGCAGGAUGAAGGGAGUGGCGUCGGGAUGGUAAGGGCUAGUUCAUUAGAAUGUGCAGAGAUGGCGGCAGACCUCUUAGAGCUUAAUUGGUCUACUAAUAGAUCAAGUUCGGGUAACUCUUCUAGGUUGUCUGCUUCGAGUCUGCCUGCUGAGGUUUAUAAUGAUUUUCAGAUUAAGGAUGAGAGCAGUUUUGAAAUUUUGGGUGUCUCAGAUGGGAAAGUGGAUGAUUGUUCUGAGCCUGGUAUUCAAAAGUCUGAUUCCUAUGAUGAGGUCAGUAAGCCAGGAGGUCCAUCACCAGCAUCACAGGACCAAGAUGUAAAGUUGUCCAUAUCGGAGGGAAGUGCUUCAAGUCAGGGGGUAGCCGAAGCAUCAAUAGGGAUCGGCAAAUUUGAUGUGCACAAUGUAGAAGUUGAAGAGAGAGAGGAGGUUUCUAUGUCUGAGUUUGCUAUUUUUUGUGAACAAAAUUCACAUUUAGAGAAGCUGGAAGGAGGGUCAGGUAAUAUGCCGGACAACAUAGAAGAGUCAUUUGUUGAAACAGAUGGUUAUUCAAGUUGCAGCGUUUCUCAUGAAGAAGAUCUCUACACAAGAUUUGAAUCUUCAGACAGUCCUAGAAUUGUUGUUGAUCUUCGGCUUGAAGGAAGCUCAAGUGAUAUGCUAGGAGACUUGGAACAAACUUUUGAUGAAACGGAUGGUUAUUCCAGUUGUCGUGCUUCACAUGAUGAAAGAGAAGCUGUCUGCCUGAAUACCGAGUCUUCAGAGAGUCUAAGUAUAGCUACUGAUGUUCUGUGUCAGGGAGGAUCAGGUAAUACGGUGGUUAAUAUGGAUCAGUCUUUUGAUGUACCGGAUAGUUAUUCAAGUUGUUGUGUUCCUCACGAAGAGAGAGAAGGUCUCUGCAUAAAGGCUGAAUCUUCAGAGAGUCCAAAAAUAAAUGUUAAUGUUCCCGAUGAACAAUGUCACGAGAAUGUGAAUAGUUGUGUAGCUGACUGUGAGGUAUCCAUAGUGAAUGUGCAUCCAGAAGUUAAUUGUGAGAAAGCCGAAACAAUCCUGCGUCCUGAAUCCGGUACACUCCUGAUCAAGGAAAUAGCCAAUGGUGAAACUGAGAGUAUUUCUGUUGCCAAAGAUAUGGAUGUUACUACUCUUGAAUUACCUUUGCCUGUUGCUAUCCACCAAGAAGCAGAAGAUGAUAUAAUCGCCAUUACAAAAAGUUUUGAAACAGAUGAACUUGAAGUUACUACUAGUCAAUCUCCAGUAACAGGCUUCUCAAAUUCUAGUUUGUCUGACAUGAGUAACCUUGAAGAAUCCUCUAUACGUGAAGUUCAUUUUUCAAUAGUCACCAAGAACCAAAUGGUUGAUUCAGCUGCAGCAUCAGAGUCAAUAGGCACUUCUAUUUCCUCCAGUUUUAGCCCCUCCAUUCAUAGACAUAAAGAAGAGGAUAAUGUCGGGGGAGAAAAUGAUAAGCUCCAUCCUUCACUUGACGUUGAUUUUGGUCAAGGAGUGACUAUUGAUGAUCUCCAUGAAAAAUUAUCAAACUCAAGCAUGGCAGCGUCAGAUGGUUCAACCGAAGAUCAGUUUCUUUCCAGUGACAUUGAUGAUUUCGUAACAGAUGGUAUGCAGUCCAAGGAUGACUCCAUUACUCAUCCCAUGGUUUCAGUGGAUGAUGCUGUAGGGAUGCAACGUUCAGGUGAUACAAAUACUGAUGCAUCAUUAUCCAAGGAUGAAUUUUCUGUGAAGUGUUCACCAGAUGCUUUUACACCCCUGAUUGAAGAGUCAAAGAAUACAUCGUCACCGAUGAGUAUUCCAAGAAGUCAAAAGGUUGCUGCAGAAGAAUCUAUGAGGAGGAUAGAGUCAGCACCCAUUCUUCGGUCUCACAUUGGGGAUUUGGAGGCAUCUGAUCAUUCUCUCCCUCUUAGCCACUCACUUGGUUCUAGUUCUGAACUAAAGGAUAAUCUUAUUGCUGAAGAUAUUCAACUAUUAGAGAGACUCAAAAGCAUGCCUGAUAACUCUGGAAUUGAGAUAUCUCUAUGCAGACACUUGCUCUUUGAGGGGAUGGGGGUUCUUGCUGCUUCUCAAGCAUUUGAAGCUGAAAAGAUGGCUUUUACUUCUCUACUGCCUAGCCUUUUGAAAGACGACAGGCUCGUUGUGAAAAUCGGAGGACAGUAUUUUCCCUGGGAUGCUGGUGCACAUAUUAUUUCACAGAUAUACUCAUCUACUCAUGAACAAAUUUCUGAGCCUAAAGGUAUGAUAGCUGUGGAUCAAGUUGUGAAAAGCCUCGAAGAUGAUGCAUCAACCACCGUAGCCACCUCUGGUGGAAGCUGGGGAAUUUGGCCUUUCACUUUCAAAAAAUCAGCAUCAACAAAUUCCGUCCAAUCAGUUUUAGAUGCCACAAAAGAAUCUCAAGCUGAUAAUGUGGCCGAGAGCAUUAAUAACAUAGCAGGGGAUGAAAAACCCGAAGAGGCCAAAAUUUCUAAAAAGAGGACAAAAGCGAAGUCCAUUGUUCCAACAUCGGAACAAUUGAAAACCUUGGACCUGAAGGAAGGACAGAAUGAGGUCAACUUCACAUUCUCAACUGCAAUGCUUGGGAAACAGAGGGUGGAGGCGAGAAUAUAUUUGUGGAAAUGGAACACUCGUAUAGUUAUCUCUGACGUAGAUGGGACAAUCACCAAAUCGGAUGUUCUUGGGCAGUUCAUGCCUUUGGUUGGAAGGGAUUGGUCACAGACAGGCGUUGCCCAUCUGUUUUCAGCAAUAAAGGAAAAUGGGUAUCAGUUACUUUUUCUUAGUGCACGUGCCAUCUCACAGGCCUAUAUAACGAGGCGAUUCCUUCUCAAUCUCAAGCAGGAUGGAAAGGCACUUCCUGAUGGGCCUGUUGUUAUUUCCCCUGAUGGGCUCUUUCCUUCCUUAUAUCGUGAAGUUAUUAGACGAGCUCCUCAUGAAUUCAAGAUUGCGUGCCUCAGUGAUAUCAAAGCAUUAUUUCCACCUGAUUGUAAUCCGUUUUACGCUGGAUUCGGCAACAGAGACACCGACGAGUUUAGCUACCUUAAAGUUGGAAUUCCGAAAGGAAAGAUUUUCAUUAUUAAUCCUAAGGGCCAGGUUGCUGUGAAUCGUCGGGUUGACACGAAAUCUUAUACUUCUCUUCAUGAACUUGUCAAUGGCAUGUUUCCACCCAUGUGCUCUUCAGCUGAGCCGGAGGAAUACAACACAUGGAAUUUCUGGAAAGUGCCUCUUCCUGAUAUCGAUAUCUGAAGAUGCCAGCAAGAGGCUAUUAUUGUAUAGGCCACCAUUGGAAUCAAGGCGAAAUGACGUUAUCAUGUUAGUUCUGAUAUCAUUUAGGUAAAUCUACACUCGAAAAUGUCCAUAUUCUCUGUACUACCUGAAUGCGCAUUUAGGGGGUAUCCUGAGAACAUAUUGUAUUUCAUCACAGUGACCAACCUCAAAAUCUCAUAUACAUCUCGUUCUGCAAUUAUUCAUAGUGCAUGGACCCAGCUCUGCGAAACCAGCAAAGUUGUGCAAUUCGUAGAAUAUGGACAACAUUAAAAGGCUGGCGUACUCCUUGUGUUGAUGUAUGUAUAUCCUGGGCUGCAGAAACUGAUGGAUGUUUAAAGAUCUAGGGUAACAGAGAGAUGCAAUCUCCUUAGUUCCUAGAUAAUACCUUUUUACCGUAUUGUUGCGUACUUAUACAGUCUGUGUAAAGAGCGAAUAAUACUAGGCAACUCAACUGUAUCUUUGUAGAGGUGGACUGUUUCAAAGGUGAAGGGGGAUCUCAACUGUCUUUGUAGAUGUGAAAUGUUUCGAAGGUGAAGGGGGAUAAAUAACUAGAGAAGAAACAUAUACAUGUAUCCUUGUUUAUAUAAUGCAAAUUUUCUUUAAUAUUCAUUGAUUAA